GAGAGAGAGAGAGAGAGAGAGAGAGAGAGAGAGAGAGAGAGAGAGAGAGAGAGAGAGAGAGAGAGAGAGAGAGAGAGAGAGAGAGAGAGAGAGAGAGAGAGAGAGAGGGAGAGAGAGAGAGAGAGAGAGAGAGAGAGAGAGAGAGAGAGAGAGAGAGAGAGAGAGAGAGGGAGAGAGAGAGAGAGAGGGAGAGAUGGUGAGAGAGAGAGAGAGAGAGAGAGAGAGAGAGAGAGAGAGAGAGAGAGAGAGAGAGAGAGAGAGAGAGGCAGUGGAAGUGAUGAGGAAGAACGGAAGGGAGAGAAAGAGGGUGUAGAAAGGGAGGGUGGAAGGGAGCUGCGUGAAAGGGAGAGGGAAGAAAAGAUACGAGAGAGAGAGAGAGAGAGAGAGAGAGAGAGAGAGAGAGAGAGAGAGAGAGAGAGAGAGAGAGAGAGAGAGAGAGAGAGAGAGAGAGAGAGAGAGAGAGAGAGAAUCCAAACCUUCAUAUAG